AUGAGGCACUCGUACAAGACCCUCAAGGACGGGGACGUGCUAGGACACGGUGGCACGGAGGCGCCUAGCCGGCGCAAGCUGUGGAAGAGGUCGAUUGUUGCUGUCCUCGCCGUUGUCGCCUUCGUUCUGCUGCUCUACGUCGCGGCACCGCCGGCCAACGAUGAUCGACACCACGCGAUUGAAAAGGAGGGCGACCGGUUGCUGUUCGUCGCGGUCUUACAUCGCCACGGCGCUAGGACGGGCUUGCACCAUUUCACCUUCGAGAAUUUCACUUGGCCGUGGAAGUUUGGGGCUUUGACGCCAGAAGGCAUGAGGAUGGGUUUCGAGAUGGGGCAGAAGCUAAGAACUGACUAUUGGCCGCACCUCUCAAGUGGGAGCUCGAAAUUGGACAUCAAUGUGACAUCUACAGACUACCCCCGAACCAUAGACACUGUCCACAGCCUGCUUGUUGGCCUAUUUCUUGAGGGAGGAAAUGAGGCGGAUGUUGUUCAGGGCAAUUGCUCGUGCAGGCCAGAGUUUGGUGGAAAAGCUGCUCCUGUUGACUGCAUUGGGAAGUGUCUAGGACUUGAUUCUGUCCCGACGCAUCUACCCCCUGUGAAGGUCCUAAAUGCAUCGAACAUUGAGGCCUCUUUGCUGAGGCAGCAUGAUGUUUGCAAGGAGUAUCAGACUUGGAAGCUUGAAUGGAACAAGAGCGAGGAAUAUAAGACUGCACUCAAAGACUUUUCAAAACAAAUAGACUUUGUAAAGCAGGUUGUGGAUGAUGAACGGCUAUGUGCUGACGAUCCAGCAAAUGAAACAAUGGGGGGAAAUGCAUCAACAUGGUGUGACAACAUCACACUGUAUGGUGUGGAGAUGGUCUGGGACAGUGCUGUGUGUGCAUUGGCGGAGGGCAUGGACUACCCGAGCCCAACAAAUCACACAGAUCUGAUCAAUAGACUGCAGCCGACUGUGGAGUUCCUGCAGCACCAUUUGUACAAUGUGCAGCAGGGCCCAUACGUUGGCGGCAUUCUGCUCAACGACAUACUUGUGCGCAUGAAGGCAGCCGAAGGCACAGCUUCUGUGUUGCUGAAGUCACAGAACAGGAAGAUGGGCACAAUUACCAGCGCUCAAGGUGCAUCGAUGGCGAUAUACUCUGCACAUGACUCCACGGUGUCAUCCCUGCUGGCCGCCCUUGGCAUGAAGAACUGGACGCUGCCGUACUUCAUUGCCCACAUCACCAUGGAGCUGUGGGCAGCGGACAGCUUGAAUGUAUCGGGUCCGAGAGUUGUUUUGAAGUACAAUGACGGCAGGGAAGACCACGUGCUGGAUAUCGAGGGCUGCUCCAACGGGGAAUGCUCAUUCAAGAGCCUGCUGAAUGCAACGGCGGAUCGGCGUUCAACGAUGGCCGACUGCACUUUCGUCGAGGACACAGAGCCAUGA